AUGGAUCCCCUUCCCCUACACACAAUCAUCUGGCUUGUUUGUUGGUCAUUUUGGUUAUUCCCGUUCUGUGCAUCAUCCGGCAGCCGCCUUCUUCCCGACAAGCCGCUUUCUGUUGGAAGCACCAUCACCUCCGAUGACGGCACUUUUGCCCUGGGAUUCUUCUCCCUGUCCAGCUCCAGCACAAAACAUUACUACGUCGGCAUAUGGUACAAGAACAUACCCGAAGGCAACUUUGUGUGGGUUGCCAACCGUGCUAUGCCCAUAACUGAUCCUUCUUCUGCAACACUCGCGUUCACAAGCGGAUCCAAUCUCGCCUUGUCAGACACCAAAGAUAAAAAGCAGAAGAGCGUUGUUUUAAAAAUUACACUGCCAGUCGUGUCAAGUUUGCUCAUAGUCAUAUGUGCGUGGCUUGUUUGGAUCUGCAACUUGGGAGGCAAACAAAAAAACAAGAAAAAUUGGAAGAAGGUGAUGUCAGGAACUUCGAGCACUUCUGUUGAACUUCACGAUGGAAACUUAAAGUAUCCUUUUAUAAGCUUCAAAGAAAUUGUACUUGCAACAAACAAUUUUUCUAACUCCAACAUGCUUGGACAUGGAGGUUUUGGCAAUGUUUACAAGGGGACAUUAGAAGAUGGUACAAAAAUUGCUGUGAAAAGGCUUAGUAAGGGUUCUGGCCAGGGGGUAAUGGAGUUCAGAAAUGAAGUAAUACUCAUUGCGAAGUUGCAGCACCAAAACUUGGUUAGACUUCUAGGUUUCUGCAUCCAUGGAGAUGAGAAACUAUUGAUAUAUGAAUACUUACCUAACAAAAGUCUAGACGCCAUGCUUUUUGAUGCCACAAGAAAAUCAAUGCUUGAUUGGCCGAUGAGAUUCGAGAUAAUCAAAGGGGUAGCUAGAGGACUUCUUUAUCUUCAUCAGGAUUCAAGGCUGAAGAUAAUUCACAGGGAUCUCAAAGCAAGCAACAUAUUAUUAGAUGCCGAAAUGAGCCCUAAGAUAUCUGAUUUUGGUAUGGCAAGGAUAUUUGGUGGCAAUCAGCAGCAAGAAAAUACCAACCGUGUCGUUGGCACAUACGGUUACAUGUCCCCUGAAUAUGUUUUGAAAGGAGUGUUUUCUGUCAAGUCUGAUGUAUAUAGCUUUGGAGUUUUACUACUGGAGAUUGUGAGUGGCUCAAAGAUCAGUUCUGUGCACCUAAAAGCAGACUUCAGCAGCAUUAUAGCCUAUGCAUGGAGCUUAUGGAAGGAUGGGAACACACAGGAUUUUGUUGACUCGUCAAUUGUGGGGAGCUGCUCACUUAAUGAAACUUCACGGUGCAUCCAUAUCGGACUCUUAUGUGUUCAAGGCAGCCCAAAUGCGCGGCCACUCGUGUCAUCAAUCGUGUCCUUCCUGGACAAUGGAGAUAUAUCACUUCCAACUCCAAAAGAGCCCAUGUAUUUUGCAGAAGAUAACUAUGGUACUGACGGAGCAGCAGAAAAUACUGCCAAGUCUGCAAAUAACAUGAGCAUUACAGUACUGGAGGGACGCUAG